UUCAUUUCUUCUUGUUUCUUCAUUUUUAUUUUGAGCUUAAACUCUAUCCAUCCUUGUAAAAUCUAAUCUUCCAUUUCCAUUUCUAGGCUUUACUUUCUUCCUCUCCAAACAAUCUCUUUCUUUAUUCUUGGUUUAGUUCAGUUCAGCACAGUUUUUGUUUCCUCGGUAGCAUCGAACGUGAAGAAGAUGUUUACAAGUUGUGCUAUAAAACAACACUUCAUCUAUUAUCUCUCUAGCUUGUCUUCUUCUAUCACUUUACUUGAGGCAGUUUCGGCCAUUGAUCUUUGCUCUGCAGAUCCAUGAAGCCCCAUGCUGAUUCGUCUUCUCUCUUUCGUUAGAUCUGUUGACUUUUCUUCUACUCACCUCAUGCUUCAAAUUUUGUAUGCUAAUUGAAGCAUGUGCGGUGGUCCAGAGCGAUCAAAAUCUAGCACCAAAGAUAUGAAUAACCUUAGUGUUGAGACUGAAGAUUCUUUUUCCAGCUUACUUGAACUUGCUUCUAACAAUGAUGUUGAAGGCUUUAAGCGAGUAUUAGAGCGGGAUCCUUCUUGUGUUGACGAGGUUGGGCUGUGGUAUGGCCGUCAAAAAGGCUCAAAACAGAUAGUUCGCGAGGCUAAAACUCCGUUGAUGGUUGCUGCUACCUAUGGUAGUGUUGAUGUGCUUAAGCUUAUACUGCUGCAUUCUAUGGCUGAUGUAAAUCUCUCAUGUGGCACGGACAAAAGCACUGCCCUUCAUUGUGCUGCUUCUGGAGGUUCACCUGAUAUGAUUGAUGUUGUUAGACUGCUCUUAGCUGCAGGUGCGGAUCCAUAUUGUGUUGAUGCCAGUGGUCGACGUGCGGUUGAUGUUAUUGCUGUUCCACCAAAGCUGCAGAGCAUGAGAAUCGCUCUUGAAGAACUUCUUGGAAGCAAUUGUGCUUCUCGUGUUAGCCGUGAUGUUGAGAGCAAUUUGACAAUAUCGACUAGUUCUUCUAGUUCUAGCUCCCCAAUCCUCUCUGUAUUAGGCAAUGGGUCACUACCAUCUCCUACUGAGUUAGCAUCUUCUCCAAUAUCCUCAAAGUUUAAUGAUGUAUCUGUCAGUGCUGUUGCUGAAAAGAAAGAAUACCCAAUUGAUCCAUCUCUCCCAGACAUAAAAAACAGCAUUUAUGCAUCUGAUGAGUUUCGGAUGUUCUCCUUCAAGGUCCGUCCUUGUUCCCGAGCAUAUUCCCAUGAUUGGACAGAGUGCCCUUUUGUCCACCCGGGGGAGAAUGCUCGGCGAAGAGAUCCUCGGAAGUUUCACUAUAGCUGUGUGCCUUGUCCUGAUUUUCGUAAGGGUUCUUGUAGGCGUGGUGAUAUGUGUGAGUAUGCUCAUGGAGUGUUUGAGUGCUGGCUACACCCAGCUCAAUACAGAACUCGGCUAUGCAAAGAUGGCACAAGUUGCAAUAGGCGGGUUUGCUUUUUCGCUCACACAGCUGAAGAACUUCGCCCCUUGUAUGUCUCUUCUGGAUCUGUGGUUCCUUCACCACGCUCAUCUGUAAGCAGUGCUGGUGUCAUGGAUAUGGCUGCCACAUUGAGCCUUUUCCCUGGUUCUCCCUCAUCGAUCUCUGCCAUGUCACCUAAUCCCUUUACUCAACCCAUGUCUCCUUCAGGGAAUGGCAAUAUGCACUCAUCCAUGGCGUGGCCACAACCAAAUGUGCCUACACUUAAUCUCCCGGGGAGCAACAUUCAAUCGAGUCGCUUGAGGUCUUCCCUUAGUGCUAGAGAUAUCCCUGCUGAUGAUUUUAGCAUGUUGUCAGAACAUGAUGCCCAACAACAGAUUUUAAAUGAUCUAACCUGUUUUUCUCAAUCACGAAACAGUCCUGUGUCUUUGAGUCGCUCUGGUCGGACUAAAACACUGAAUCCCUCAAAUCUGGAGGAGCUUUUCACUGCUGAGGUAUCUUCAUCUCCUAGGUAUUCUGAUCAGGCCGUUUUCUCCCCUGGCCACAAAUCAGCUGUUCUCAAUCAACUCCAACAACAAAGCAUGCUAUCUCCCAUUAAUACAAAUGUUUUCUCUCCAAAAAACGUAGAGCACCCACUAAGGCAGGCUUCAUUUGGUGUUGGAUCUCCCGGUAGAAUGUCACCAAGAAGUGUGGAGCCAAUUUCCCCAAUGGGCUCUAGGCUAGCUGCAUUGAUGCAGCGUGAGAAGCAGCAACAGCUACGAAGCCUCAGCUUGAGGGACCUAGGAUCCAAUAAUCCCAUCCCAACUGUUGGUUCUCCUGUAAAUGCAAAUUCUUGGUCUAAAUGGGGAUCUCCAAAUGGAAAAGUAGACUGGUCAGUUAAUGGGGAUGAACUAGAACUUUUGCGAAGAUCAAAUUCGUUUGAUCUUCGGAAGAACAUUGGUGAGGAGCCUGAUCUAACUUGGGUUCAGUCUCUAGUUAAGGAAUCACCACCUGAGAUGAUGAAAGAGAAACCAACAGUUCUGGCCUCUGGUGCCGCAUCUUCUGGUGAGGGUUUGAAUUCUAGUUCUCCUACUGAUUCCAUUGAUCAUUCGGUUAUUGGGGCAUGGCUUGAGCAAAUGCAGCUUGAUCAGCUUGUAGUCUAGUGAAUAAAUUCAUCUUGAUUACUCAAAUUGAUGAUAGGUAAAGCACAUUUUCACAAGGUACAUAUUAUUUUGCUGGGUAUUUUUAGGGAUGGUUGAAGCUUUGGGAAGACACAACAGUAGUGAAGGUGGAACAAAAGGGUGAUGUUCAACAGUUCAAGUGUUAAAAGAAUGACUGAAAAGUUCAGGCAAAUUAUUCAAUUUUUUUUCUUAUACCAUUUUAUUGUUUAUUACAGAAAUCAAGAAAGUGGGAAGAAGCCUCUCUCUGGACAUUGAUUAAGAAAACUUAGUCCAGGCUUGGUCUCUCUCUUCUAAUAUUUUCUGCUCGUAGGAUUAUUCUUGCUGCUAAAUUUUCUCUUCAAAGAAAUGGCUGAUACAAGACCUUUAUUGUAUCUUUUGAUGUCUCAUUUUUUCAGUUCCCAAAAUAUAUAUUUUCCUUGGAUAGUUGAUUGACUAAAGAAACGUAAGUGGGGGAGAAGGGGAGAUUAAUUCUUUUUGAUGGCUGCAAUGUAAUUUAGAUGCCAAUAUGUUUCCUUUAUUAUUAAUAAUAUAUUUGAAUACCUUUUUUUUUUUUUUUUUUCCUUAGUUGAACCGUCUUGCCCUCUUAUCUUUUUCUUGAUUCACUUUGCUCGCUUUAUUUCGGAUGUACAUACAAUCAAUAACUGAAGCCAAGUUAUAUAUAUAUGUUAUCUGGGUGUCA